AUGUCCGACGGCAGCUCUCCCUCGACUCUUCAAGUCCCAUUACCCUCUACAGUCAGCGAUAAGCCUGAAAACCUUGGCUACGAUGCCAGACUCGAUGCAGAAGAGACGGAGAUCCUCAAAAUCAGAGGCGCGUUCCUGCUGCCUGAGCGUCGGAUCUCUGACAAACUCAUCCAGACAUUCUUUGAAUGCGUCUAUCCGGCCUUUCCUAUCUUUGACAGAGAACAAUUCUUUCAAUUGUAUGAGUCAAAUCAAUUGUCCCUUCUGAUAUUGCACUCCGUCUACGCCGUUGCGAGUACCAUGUGUGAAGAGGAGGUGAUCGCUGAGUCGGGAUUUGAAAGCCGUAAUGCGGCUCGCAAAGUCUUCUUGAAACGUGCCAAAGCUCUUCAUGACGCCGACUAUGAGACCAAUAAGGUCACGCUCGUCCAGGCUGCCUUUCUUUUGAGCUUUCUAUGGAACGGAUCAACCGACGAGAAGGAUAUGUUUUACUGGCUGUCGAUUGCUAUUGGAAACGCUCAGGGUAAAGGAAUGCAUAGGACGACUAAGCAUUCUACCCUGAGACUUCGAGAUCGGCGACUAUGGAAGAGGAUAUGGUGGUCACUUUAUGUUCGCGAUCGUCACUGCUCCGCCAAUAUCGGCCGACCCAUGCGCAUCCGGGACGAUGACAAUGAUGUCGAGCCUCUGGAUGAGUCGGACUUUGAGGACGAUAUUUCCCAAAAUGAGAUAUUGUCGACUGUUUACGGGCGAACUACCAGAAUUCAUGUUCUUUAUACAAUUGCAAUGAGCAAGCUUUCGGUAAUUUUUGGUGCCAUCACACUAGCAAAGUUUUCGACAAGCAUGUCAAGGCAGAGUUCUAGUUUUGAGGAGCUAAGCAACCAACUGCGAGAAUGGCGUCAAGAACUACCAUCAGAAUUAAGAGACGGAGAUUUGGAUGAAGAAGGCGGCUUUUGGCCCAAGAUGCUGGACCUGAAUUACAACCAGCAACUAAUCCUUCUGCACAGACCGGAGAGCAGCAUGAUCAGUGUUGAUAAGAAAUUGCUUCAGUCGACAGUGUACACAGCCACAAAAAAGAUCUCAGCUAUUGUUGACGAUUUCCUUGCAUUGGACUUAUUACGGAAAUCGCAACUCCAAAUUUGUCCGAGUCUUUUCUCGGCGCUGACGAUGUAUGUGCUCAUGGCGCGAAGUCCAGAUCAUAUGCAGCGGAAAUUGGCCGAACACAAAGCUCGCCUCCUGCUUCUUGCCUGCGCGGAAAUCUCGAAGACCUGGCCGGCGUGUGGCUGGAUCAUGAAGUUAUUCGAGACAAUAUUCAAGAAUCUGGAGAGGAAACACCACACCCAAGCCGAGCAGUCGAGCGAGAUUAAUCCUGGCCCUUGCGAAGGUGCAAUGGAUCAACUAGUGGCACUUCGAGGGCCUCACCACGAACCAGUGUCUCUGAAUACCGGUAAUUAUCAAGAGCAGAACGCCCCGAGCCCGCAGACUAACAUGGCAGAUGCGGGCGUGUUUCCCGAUGCGCCACUGCAUCACCAAUUCCUGAACGUUCCCGAUCUCUUUGAUCAAGAUCUUCUCAGCGGAUUACCACAAGACUUUGGACUAGCUCAUGACUUUUUCCCUUAUCUAAUGGAAAGUUGA